GUGUGUAUUGCUGCUGAAGGGACAGGGCUGCGGAUCGCGACCGGGAUCGGAGGAUUGUGCCGCGCCGGCCCGCCCGCACUGCACCGGCACCGCAGAUCGCAUACCGGCGUAGCUUUUUGCUUGGGGAUGAGGAGCAAUCAAAUUUAAGACAUUAGCUCUUCGAAACAAUUGCUUAAGAGUUCUUCAGGUCUAAUUGACAUCUUGACAUAUAUUGUUGACUAAUGCUGGAAACAUGACGUCUAACGGGGUCAUAUCUCAGCGAGCCGAAAACAUAUUUUCGUUUGAAUUCCCGUUAAAAAACUUGUUUGGGAAAAUGGCGAGCAAUCCAUUUCAUCCUGAAGAUAACAAGAAUGGUAUCAUUAAUCUGUCUACAGCGUACAAUGAAGCAGUGAAAGACCUCAUCACUGAAAAGUUCAACCAGCAGGAUUUACAGAAAUGGGACUCGUCAAUGCUUCCCUAUCCCUUGCACUGUGGGGGUGCUCCUCGCCUUCGUAAAGCGAUAGCAGACUUCCUGUCCAGUCAGACCAAUGCUGCAGAACCUGUUGACCCAGAGAAGAUGAGUAUCAUGUGUGGAGUAACACCUAUACUGAACGUGAUGGCAUUUAUACUGUGCAACCCUGAAGAUACUAUUUUGACCCCAUCUCCCAUGUAUGGGGGCAUACCACGAGAUGUCAUGUACCAGGCUGGAGUGAAGACAUAUCCAGUGUAUCUAAGCAGUAAGGCAGAACCAGACGGCAGAGAACCAUAUGAGAUGACUGUACCACUUCUUGAAUCAGCUCUGGAAAAAGCUAAACAAGAGGGUCACAAAGUGAAAGCGCUUAUCCUGGUCAACCCAUACAAUCCGCUGGGAACUGUGUACACCAGAGAUCAAGUUAUGGAAUACCUCAAGUUUUGCCACAAGCAUAAUCUACAUUGUGUUGUAGAUGAGAUUUACGGGUGCAGCAUCUUUGAUGACUCUGUCAAGAAUUCCAGUAUAUUCACCUUUAAUCCUGAUGAUCUACCAGACAAGAACAGGACACACGUCUUAUGGGGAAUGGCAAAGGAUUUUGGAAUGCCAGGAAGUCCUGUAGGAGUAGCAUAUACCUGGAACCCAACAGUCUUGGCUGCCCUGAAUGGUUUAGUGGAUUUCUACCAAGUACCUCUUUUCAUCCAGACAGCAGUGACAAAAAUACUGGAAGACAAGGAGUGGCUGAAAUCGUAUUUACCAACUCACAACAGCAUGUUAGUUGAAUCUGCCAACAUCAUGAAAGAGACUCUGGAUGACCUUGGUGUACCUUAUGUGAAACCUAGGGCUGGCUUAUUCAUUUGGGCUGACUUCAGAAAGUUCAUCCCCAACGCAACCAAAGAAUCUGAGAUGGCCUUCGCUCUACAUUGCCAAGACAACGGUAUAUCCAUUGCCCCAGGAUCAGCGUUCUAUUACGACGAGUUCGGCUGGGCUAGAAUCAUCCAUGCCCUGCCGAAAUCCACCCUCAUAGAAGCCAUGAAGAGACUCAAAGCAGCAUGUGAAUCAUUCCAAGGUUAAAGAUCAACCAUGCAAAUUGACGACUAUCAGAGGAGUUCAGUGUUUUCCAUUCAUUGGC